AUGAGUCGCGUUCGUACCAAGACCGUCAAGAAGGCGUCCAGGGUGAUCAUCGAGAAGUACUACACCAAAAUCACUCACGAUUUCCACACGAAUAAGCGAAUCUGUGACGAAGUAGCCAUCAUCGGCAGCAAACAAUUGAGAAAUAAGAUUGCUGGAUACAUCACCCACUUGAUGAAGCGUAUCGAGAAGGGACCCGUGCGUGGUAUUUCCAUCAAGCUCCAAGAAGAGGAACGUGAGAGGAGGGACAACUACAUGCCGGAGAUCUCUGCUGUCGAUGCCUCCGUGAUCGGUCAGCUCAAGGUCGACCCCGACACGAAGCACAUGUUGGAAUCAAUGGACUUCAACCUGCCCAAUGUGGUCGUGGACGAGCAGAAAAGUCUGAAGAAGUACUGA